AUGGAAAACUACACCUACAAUAGUUUCACUCUGCAGCUGGAGGGCUUGAACGUCUCAAAGGAUGCAAUGUACCCCAUGUUUUUGUUCCUCCUUUUCUCAUAUCUGUUUAUUAUUAUUGCCAAUUUUGGAAUUGCUUUUGUGGUUUUAGCUGACAAAAGUCUCCACCAGCCAAUGUACCUGCUUUUUUACAAUCUGUCAUUGAACGACAUCCUCGGAAACUCCAUUCUGAUUCCUCAUUUACUUGUGGACAUGUUGCGUCCUCCACCUGAACGCCUCAUCAGUUACUAUGAGUGUGUGGUUCAGGCUUUCAUUUCACAUGUGUUUGGUACAGCUGCUCACACUGUGCUUAUGCUUGGUUUGACCAUAAGACUAAACAGAUGCAGGACUAUGAUUAGAAGCCCUUACUGUGACAACGCCUCGCUGUUUAAACUGUCCUGUGAGAGUGUUUUCAUUAAUAACGUGUACGGCCUUACUUUUACUGUAGUACUUAUGACGUUCUCUAUUGGCAGCAUAGUUCUCACCUACGCUAAGAUCACAGUGGUGUGUCUGACCAGUAAGAACAAGUCUUUGAACAGUAAAGCCUUAAAGACCUGCAGCACUCAUCUGGUGGUUUAUAUGAUUAUGCUGCUCAGUGGAAUGGCCAACAUUGCUCUUCAUCGCUUCCCCCAUUUAUCGGAGUUAAGAAAAUUUGUAGCCAUCCUGUUUCACAUCGUUCCUGGAGGCUUAAACCCAAUUGUUUAUGGUAUUCAGUCCAAAGAGAUACGGGCAUUCUUAAGAAAGAAGUGUGAGCAGCAGUGGCUGGUUCAUAAAGGGCACAGCGUCAACCCCCCCCUUAAAGAUACAUGGAGAAGAAGAGCCAUUUAA